AUGGUUAUGGCAACGGCUAUCCUUGACAACCAUCAACAUGUUACUCAUAAUAAUCAUAUGCUGAUGAGGAAGCCGCUUUUGACGGACUACCUUCACAACAAUGUCUCUGUUGAUCCAAAGAAGCUAAUUGGCGAGGCCCUUCACAAUCGCGCCGAGUCGGUUGAUCAUGAAGACUGCGAACCUGGCGAUGAGGAUACCUUCUUUGUCGCCGACCUUGGCGAGGUCUAUCGACAGCAUCUCCGGUGGAAGAAGAAUCUGCCUCGAGUCAAACCGUUCUAUGCCGUCAAGUGCAACCCGGACCCCCAGGUGCUCCGUCUUUUGGCCGAGCUCGGAACUGGGUUUGACUGCGCCUCCAAGGGCGAGAUCGAGCAGGUGCUGGCCAUGGGAAUCACUCCCGAGCGCAUCAUAUAUGCCCAGCCAUGCAAGACGAACUCGUACGUGCGCUUCGUUAAGAAUGCUGGCGUCAAGCAGAUGACCUUUGACAACGCCGACGAACUGUACAAGAUUGCGAAGCUCUACCCCGAAGCUGAGCUCUUUCUGCGCAUAAUGACCGACGAUGCGUCCAGCCUUUGUCGCCUGAGCAUGAAGUUCGGCGCCGCCAUGGAUACCACAGAAGGCCUGCUGGCUGUGGCCAAAAACCUAGGGCUUAAAGUGGCUGGCGUUAGCUUCCACGUUGGGUCUGGUGCUUCCGAUCCCCUUGCUUUCUAUAAAGCUGUUCGGGAUGCCCACACCGUGUUCCAGCAGGCUGCCGAGCUUGGCUUUGCCAUGCGCACCCUCGACGUGGGCGGUGGAUUCUGUGGAGAUACCUUUGAGCAGAUGUCAGGUGCUCUUCGAGACGCCUUGAAUGAGUUUUUCCCUGCAGGUAACGGUAUCGACAUCAUCGCCGAGCCAGGCCGCUACUACGUUUCCUCGGCCUUCACCAUUGCCUGCAACAUCAUUGCUCGCCGCACCGUCGAGGAUCCUACUCUUGAUGGCAAGGGCUACAUGAUCUACGUCAACGACGGUGUCUAUGGCAACUUCUCCAGCAUCAUGUUUGAUCACCAACAUCCGGUAGCUAAGAUCCUCCGAUCGAAUGGACGCACUCUCUACCAUACGGCGCCUGCCAACGCCUGCAACGCUGGCGAGGGAGCCGAAUACUCGAUCUGGGGCCCCACCUGUGAUGGUAUUGACCGCAUCACCGAGAGCAUCCGUUUCGAGACUAUCCUCAAUGUUGGCGACUGGCUUUACUUUGAGGAUAUGGGCGCGUACACCAAGUGCUCGGCCACCAAAUUCAACGGAUUCUCCAACUCUCAUGAUGUCAUUUAUGUGUGCAGCGAACCUGGAGCCCAGUUUUUGCUGAACAUGUAG